ACAUUAGAACCACCUUUGUAUUUGUCUUCUGCAGCUUUCACCUUCAUCAAACGCAUAUCUCUCUUCGCACCUGUUCUAAUCUCUCUACUCAAAUCUACUUCUUCAACACCAACUCCCAUUUUUGUCCUUCUACAUUUUCAAUUUCGAUAUCUUCAGAAAUGGCAGAACAACAAUACACUGUGGUAUCUGAUAGUGAAACCACUGGAGAGGAGAAAUCUUCAUCGGCUUUUCCAGAGAUUGCAAUUGGAAUUGAUAUUGGCACUUCACAAUGCAGUGUUGCAGUCUGGAAUGGAUCCCAGGUAGAGCUCCUUAGGAAUACGAGAAACCAAAAGUUGAUGCGGUCAUAUGUCACCUUCAAGGAUGAUACUCCUUCAGGUGGAGUCAGCAAUCAACUGGCCCAUGAGCAUGAAUUGUUAUCUGGAGCUGCAAUUUUUAAUAUGAAACGCCUGAUUGGCAGAGUGGACACUGAUCCAGUUGUUCAUGCUAGCAAAAGCCUUCCGUUUUUGGUACAGACUUUGGACAUUGGUGUUCGCCCAUUUAUUGCAGCAUUAGUGAACAAUGCAUGGAGGUCCACUUCCCCUGAAGAAGUUCUUGCAAUAUUUCUGAUAGAAUUACGAGCCAUGGCUGAAGUUCGGUUGAAACGGCCCGUUAGAAAUGUUGUUCUGACAAUUCCAGUGUCAUUUAGUAGGUUCCAACUGACCCGGAUUGAACGAGCUUGUGCCAUGGCUGGCCUUCAGGUCCUCAGGCUAAUGCCUGAACCAACUGCUGUUGCAUUAUUAUAUGCACAGCAGCAGCAACAGACUGUGCACGAUAAUAUGGGCAGUGGAAGUGAGAAGAAUGCUCUCAUAUUCAAUAUGGGUGCUGGUUAUUGUGACGUAGCUGUGAGUGCUACUGCUGGAGGAGUUUCACAGAUUAAAGCCUUGGCAGGAGCUGCUAUUGGAGGAGAAGACAUACUGCAAAAUAUGAUGCAAUAUCUAUUACCAAACACAGAGCGCCUUUUCUUGAGUCAUGGCAUCAAUGAGAUCAAAACAAUGAGUUUGCUUCGAGUUGCAACCCUAGAUGCAAUCCAUAGGCUUUCCUCUCUGACAAGUGUUCAGAUUGAUGUUGAUUUGGGAAAUGGUACAAAAAUAUGUAAAAUCGUUACUCAAGAGGAAUUCGAGGAAGUGAACCAGAAGCUAUUUGAAAAGUGUGAAAGCCUCAUAAAACAAUGCUUAAAUGACUCAAAGGUAGAUAUUGAGGACUUGAGUGAUGUAAUACUGGUAGGCGGAUGCUCAUACAUACCAAAGAUAAGAAAUCUUGUAAAGAGUAUAUGUAAAAAAGAGGAACUCUACGAAGGAAUGAACCCAUUGGAAGCUCCAGUUUGUGGGGCUGCACUGGAAGGUGCAGUUGCUUCAGGAAUCAGUGAUCCUUUUGGAAGUUUGGAUCUGUUGACUAUCCAGGCUACCCCUUUAGGCAUCGGAAUAAGAGCUGAUGGAAACAACUUUAUUCCUAUCAUACCUAGAAAUACCACAAUGCCUGCAAGGAAAGAGUUGUCAUUUACAACUAAGCAUGAUAACCAAACUGGAGCACUGAUCCUAGUUUACGAAGGCGAAGGAAAGACAGUAGAAGAGAAUCAUCUGCUAGGAUAUUUCAAGAUUGUAGGAAUUCCCCCAGCACCUAAAGGAGUUCCAGAGAUAAGUGUGUGCAUGGACAUUGAUGCGUCGAAUGUAUUGAGAGUUUUUGCUGGAGUAAUGAUGCCAGGGACUGAACAUCCGGUGGCACCUUUUAUGGAAGUAAGGAUGCCUACAGUUGAUGAUGGGCAUGGUUGGUGCGCUGAAGCCUUGCAUAGAGCUUAUGGCUCUACAUUGGACCUAGUUACGUUGCACAAGAAGGCGUAAUUAUCUAACAUGGUGUUUUCAUAAAGCCGUAGGAAGAAGAACAGCUUGUAAGAACGAUAUUGUGUUUACAUAUUUCGCAAAAAAGUAUGGGCAUGUUGUGAUGAAAUAAAAUGUGUUAGUGUGUUUUCAUGACAUUUUGUUCAUGUUAUGAUUUUAGUUUUCGUACAAAAUUUCUAUUGACA